GAUUGAAAACCAAAAUUAAAAGCCAUAAUUGGGUGUGGUUCAGUUUGUUUUUUCCGCCACUAACUCGUAUUACCUUUUAGACUUUAGUAUGACAGUGUGUGUCACGAGGUAAAAAUGUCCCAACAAAAUAAUUUCAGGCGAUGUAGGCCGUUGAAAUACCCAAUCCCUACAAGUGUUAUCACGACGACUACACUAGAUCCCUUGAACAUAUUGAAAGUGGAUGAAGAAUGGUUAGAGUUGCAACUAUACAAUGGAUACCGUGUUUGGCAUAUUAUAUUUUUCGUCAUGAUCGUUUUCUUUACACUUGUGGUAUUAAUGUGUUGUUGCGUGCGAUUCCGUAUUCCUCGGACAAAACAAGAAAUCGAAGCAGACUUUGUGCGCCGCAAAAUUGCAACAAAAUUUUGUAAACAGUUAAGAUUGCUGAGCGAUACCGAAAUGGAUGACAUGGAUCUAUUGAAAGCACUUAAGAGACUACAAACAGAGCUCGAGGCUGUAAACUGUGAAAAACCUAAAGAAACCAAAGAAGUGCUAUCCACUAAAGUUCCAACGCCAAGAUCGCCUAGUCUAAAGAAGUCAAAGUCAUCAAAAUCUUCAGAUUUUGAUUCUUCCGCUGAAAAACUGGCCGAAGAACCAGAAAACAUAUUGAGCGGACGACUAGCAACACUAGUCAAUGUGCUAAAUAUAAUGAAGCCAAAGCGCAAACGUGUAUCCAAGGAACCAACACCGAAUCUUAUUGUUUAAUUUUAGAUUUUAUUUUAUUAUUAUAUUUAAAUGAAUAAAUAUCUUUGUUAGUUCUUUUUUAGAAUUCAAAACAAUCAAUUAAUUUGAGUAGUCUCAAACUCGAAGUUUGAAAUUAGAAUAAUUAAAGUUUAUCUUAAUUAAAAUUUUAAAUCUGAACACUACUUAAAUCGAAGCAUAAAUAUGAAAACUU